AUGGAUUUUGAAACUCAAGAAAAAGUUAAAAGAAAAAUUCAUAAAUAUAUGGAAUUUCUACCUGAUGUUGAUAAGACACUGAUGUACCUAGAAAAAUUGAGUAAAUUGCCAAUUAAUCUUGAGUUAUUAGUUUCUACGGGUGUCGGUAAAGCUGUUGGUAAAAUUGUUAAAAAAGGCACAGAGGAACAAUCAAUUUUGGCAAAUCAAAUUAUAAAAGAAUGGAAAGAAUGUGUAAACAAUGAAAAAGAAACUAAAGAUUCUUCGAAAGAAAAAUUACCAGAUAAUGAGGUAAAAACUGUGAAAGAUGAGUAUAUAAGAAAACGUAAAAAUUUAAAAGAUGAUGAUGUGGGAGAUAUAUAUGAUAAACCAAAAAAAGAAAAAAAGGUUGAAGAAUUUGAAAGAAAAACUGAAUCUUUUAGUGAUGCUUUAAAAUCUGUUGGUACUGCAAGAAGCAGACCAAUUAAAAAACGUGUCGAUGGUGAUAGUGUAUCUUCAAGAACGGUUAGUAAUUCAUAUGAAAUAGAAAUGAUAAAAAAUAUAGUUCCUACAAUGAGGCGGUAUUCUCCACCUCCUGAAAGUAAAGUUAAACCAGCAAGUGUUAAAAGAUCUAAUGAAGAUCAUUUUGAGAUAAAAUGUGUCAAGUCAACGAUUCAUGUAUAUGCUGCAGCUGGAAAAAAUAAAAAAGUUUCAUUAAUUAAUGGUGAACCACCAAAAUUACUUUCAUUUUGUCAAGAAGUUGUAAAAAAACAUGUUGAUAUGAUUGAGUAUGUCGGGUUAAUUCCUUAUGAACUUUUAAAACCAGCUUUAGAAAGAGCAACACCUGAACAGUUGCUUAGAAUUGUUAAAUUGAAUCCUCAAAUUGAAAUGGAAUGUGAUGAAUUAUUUCAGAUUGUUUGUAUGAAGAAACCAAAACAGUUUAGAAAUAGAAAUGGUGAAACAUGGAAGGAAACUUAUUUAAGAACUUUAAAAGAAGAAGAUGAUAAAUUUGCUUUAUUAACAUCAAGAAUAGCUAGAAAUAAUAAAGCUUCAUGUGCUUCAGUAAGAAAGACAGAAGUGAUUGAUUUAAAACAAGUAAAAAAUAGGGGUUCUAUUGGUAAUGGACGGGGACAUUCGGGACCGGGUUCUUCUGGUAGUGGGAGAAAUAGGAAUAUGGAUAGUAAAUUUUCUUCUACUGCUGCAGCUGCAAAUAAUCCUCAAAAGAAAGGUUACCUUAUGGCAAAAACUUUGAGAAUGUUUAGAUCAGGAGUUCGAUGA